UUAUAUAGUACUAUUCUUGAGAACUGCUUUGGUAUCCAGUGUAAUAUAUAUAUACAGAGUAGGUUUAUAUUCACCUAUUGAGUGAAUGUUACGUACCAUGGGGACACAUAAAAGAUAACCAAAAUAGUAGGUAAAUUUUAGUUGGGCAAUGUUUACUUGUGAAACAGUAUGGGAGUUUAGAGCUAAAUAAAACAAUAAGAGCAAACAUUUAUGUACUGCUUAAAAUGUUACUCUCACAACAAUCCUUUGAAAUAGGUACGUUUAUCUCAUUUUUCCAAGGAGGAAAUGGAGGCACAGUAAAGUAAUUAAGUCAAGUCUUGCCCAAGGUCAUACCUCAAGUAAAAAGUAGGCAGUCUGGCUCCAGAGUCAGUGUGGUUUCUCUGGGAAGUUUAACUUUAUAUUUGAAGGGCGAUCUAGACAUUUGCACUACUUUCACAGCUGUAAAAGAUGCUCUUUUUAAAAUUUCAAAGUAGCGUAAAAGAUUGCAAUGACUCUGAGCUGCAGAAACAAUGCUGGAUUUUCUAGAUAGAGGAGGUCAAUGAUGAAAUGGUUAAGGGGAUACUGUAUAUUGAAAUGAGUACAGAAGGGAGGAGGGACGGUGGGACGCUCUGAAUUCUGAAUCUCAAAGUUCUUUUUAUAGAUGUUGAAUUCUAGGGCAGUGAUUCACCAGGCCAUAGGACAAUGACUGUUUAAGUUACUAACUUAUGUCAAAAAACUUACACCCAAUGAAAUAAUAUUGAAUGACACGAUAUAUUAAUGCAUAUUUUUUAAAUGCUUUCUAGAUUUGAAACCCCAGUGGUAGUGGGGUGUUCGGUAACGCCCACAUUACCAUACUCAUUACCAUAAUGUGGGUGUCACUGCAGGUUUCCUGUGCACUUCUGUCCAUUUGCUUUGUUCUUUUGUGGAGUCUUGAUCCACUUUUUCAGCUUGUAUUGGGCAAUAGAGAACACUUUUGGGGUCAGAAGACCUCUUCAAACCAAGUAAUAUUUUUUGGUGGAAAAAAAUGUAAAAUUGCGUGGUUGGUUUUGUGAUAAACCUGGAACAAAGUCAGUUUGAGGCUUUGUGGAAUUUGAUGAGGACCUACAAACAUCCCAGCAGGAUGGAGAACAGUGGUGCUCCCUGAGAGCCUAAUUAUGUGUCCCCUUUGCUGGGAGCUAACAGUAUUAUUUUGGGGACAUCAGGCAUGAACAGAGUCAUUGAGUCUAAAUGACCCCACAGAUAGAGGAGUUGUACGUCAUCACACCCACUGUCCAGGACUCAGAGGAGGAAGUGCCCUCGAAGGAAGCGUGGGCUGCAAGCCUGGUUAGCAGCCAGGGAGGACACACACACUUUGCAGGCAUCUUACCUUGGAAACAGCACGCUUGGCUUCCAUGUCAUCUUUGAAUGUGAGGUAGUCCUAGUUUCAGCACGUCCUCAGUAGAGACCAGUGGGCCAGGCUUGUUCCUUCAAGGCGUCUCCGGAAAGCCUGUGGAGCGGCAGCCGUUCCAGAAGUCAAUAAUAAAGUGUCAGCUGCCUGUGAGUGGACUGAUGGCCAAGUGACUCAUGAAGAUUUUCAAGGAAGAAUGGUAAAAAACAGAAGAAAAGGCACAUCCCUGAAGCAACUCCAGUGCCAUCUAGGAUUUUUGAGCAGCUGAAAGAAGAUAGUUCUGAAAAUGUGAAUGACCAAGACUCUAGCAUGUUUCUGUGCUUGUUUCUUACAUCGUCUUUGUUAACCCGUUCACUUGUGUGUGUGAUAUUUGAGUUAUUCUCCAUUACUGCGAUAGCUGGCAAUCUACUUAUGAUCAGAGUUUUAUUCUGUAUGGAACAGCAGUGGGACAAGAAAUAGGAACAAUUCACUGGGGUAUUGGUUCCCAGAAAUGGACUUUCCCUGAGUAUUGCCAGAGGCUGUGGCGUGUGGGCGAAUGGCUGCUUCAUACUGGUGUGCUGCUGCUUAUUGACAUUCAUUGUGCCUUUGGUCUCGUCUUCCUUUAUCUGCUCCCAGCCUCUGUAUUUCACCCCAUUAAACUGAAGCCAUGGAUGGGAAUUUAGUGCUGUAGCCAUUCUACUCAGAUCUUCUGUGGAGAGAUUUUUUGAAUGUCAAGUAAGAUUCCUGCAUGUUAUUUCCUGAAUUGGGAGUUUACAAAGCUUCUAAGGAAACCACCAUGUUAAUAUCAUCACUGAAUUUGCUUUUAAGAAGAUGACUUAAGAGGAAAGAAUACCUUUGAUGUCAGAGAUGAUCCUACAGGCAGAAUGGGCAGCACUGACUCAGUUUUCUCCACGCAGCACGUUAAGUGGAUGACUUUCCAGACUGCAACUUAAAAGGGUGAUUAAUUCUCCCAGUGUUUUGAAUGUUGUCUUUUCCUGAGGUUUCAAAUGAUCAUUAACAUUGAGAUGCUAUUUCUCUCUACACAACAGCCCUGUCUCAGGCUUUCCACCCAGAACAACAGCUUCCUUUUAAUUCCCAUUUACUCCCAUCAGCUUUACCCUAGAACUGCCUGUCUGUUGACAUCCUGUGAAAUAUGCAGUGAUCUAAAUUGGAGUUGGGAUGAUAAAGGACAGAAAUUUUCCUCUGGCCUUUUUUAGGCGAGAUGAAACCAAUCUUAACAGCAUGAUUUUAUUUAAAACUAUUUUGUUGCAGAAAAUAUUCAUCUUGCCAGCCAAUAUUGUUUGUUAUAUUCAGACUCAUGUUUUACUCUAACCUAAGGUUAGACUUUCCUGCCUUGCAUUUGGCAGCAUUGCUGACUUUCCUUUGCCUACUCCAUUUUCUUUCAUGAAUAGACUUUGUUACAGUCAUUUGGCUUUAUUUUCCUCCCAUUUUGAGAGUCCUUUUUGUAUUAAUUAUUUCUGAAUUCUGGCUCACUUUUAUCUACUUAAUUCCGUUCAGUGAACACCUUUUGAAGAAAAAUCAGUAUUAAUUUUCUUCAUGUUUCUGAGCAAAAGUUGAAAGAUUAAUAAAAAUAACCACAUUUUCAAGCGCAUCUCUGGUCAAGCGUAUUCAGUUAUUCUAGGCUAAUGUAUAUUAUGGAUGUUAGGUUCUUGGAAGACGUAGUGUUCAGUAUAGUAUGCUGUGAAUGUGGGCAUAUUGAGGAUUUAGCUUUGUAGCACUUCAGCUACUCUGCCUAUUUUAAGCUACUUUUUAAACCCCUUUUUGAUACAACAGUGCUUUUUUCUUAAAAUCCUCUUUGUUUUGAAAUUGUCUGACUUUUCUUAACUUUGACACCUUUGCUACUUGCCAGCUGUGUGGCCUUGAUUGAGUUUCGCAUCUUCUCUGUCCUUCAGUUCCCUCGUCUGGGAGAUGAGGUGCCGAGGAGCAGCCACCUCACUGAAUUGCUGAGUUAAAUGAGAGAAGCUGUAGCACCGGGCGCAAAAUAAAUGCUCUGCAGCUGUUGCGCCAGCCGCCUUUCCCCGUUACCGUGACUUAGAUUAAGAAAAAUGCUUUAUGUAUCUUUUUUAAGAGAAGACAUCACAGCUUUCCCGAGUUGGGAGGAGAAACAUGGAAUGUGCUUUACCGCUGACUGAACACAGCCCAAUGAACUGUCCUGACAGUGGUUUGAAAACCAGCAGUUAGCAGUUUGUUCGGGCUAUAACCUUGUCCAGCACUUUCCAGAGCAAACUAACUCACUGUUUACAAGAACUCUCAGCCUUACAAAGUUUAAGACCUCCAGCUUUGUUUAUUUAAAAUAUUUCAGCAAAAGAAAAGUACCUGGAACCCACUUUCUAAAAUGGCCGUGGAUGAGUAUUUGUGGAUGGUCAUCUUAGGUUUUAUCAUAGCUUUUAUCUUGGCAUUUUCUGUGGGUGCGAAUGACGUUGCCAACUCGUUUGGUACAGCCGUGGGGUCCGGCGUGGUGACCUUGAGGCAGGCAUGCAUCUUGGCUUCAAUAUUUGAGACCACUGGCUCCGUGUUAUUGGGGGCCAAAGUGGGAGAGACCAUUCGAAAAGGCAUCAUUGACGUGAACCUGUACAACGAGACAGUGGAGACCCUCAUGGCUGGGGAGGUCAGCGCCAUGGUCGGUUCCGCUGUUUGGCAGCUUAUCGCAUCCUUCCUGAGACUCCCGAUCUCGGGCACGCACUGCAUCGUGGGCUCCACCAUAGGCUUCUCGCUUGUGGCCAUCGGCACAAAAGGUGUGCAGUGGAUGGAGCUCGUCAAGAUCGUUGCUUCUUGGUUUAUAUCUCCACUGUUGUCUGGUCUCAUGUCUGGCGUGCUGUUUGUACUGAUCAGAAUUUUCAUCUUAAAAAAGGAGGACCCUGUUCCCAAUGGCCUCCGGGCACUUCCAGUGUUCUAUGCUGCUACGAUAGCAAUAAAUGUGUUUUCCAUCAUGUAUACGGGAGCCCCAGUGCUGGGCCUGGUCCUGCCCACGUGGGCCAUCGUGCUCAUUUCCUUCGGUGUCGCUCUCCUGUUCGCCUGUUUCGUGUGGCUCUUUGUGUGUCCGUGGAUGCGGAGGAAAAUAGCAGGUAAAUUACAAAAAGAAGGUGCUUUAUCUCAAGUCUCUGAUGAAAGCCUCAGUAAAGCUCAGGAAGUGGAGUCGCCAGUAUUUAAAGAGCUGCCAGGUGCCAAGGCUCACGAUGACAGUGUAAUCCCACUCACGGGGCCAGCGGGGGAGACGGCCGGGACCUCGGGAGCCACAUCCGUGGGGAGCCACCCCCGGGCCGCGUACGGAAGGGCCCUGUCCAUGACUCACGGCUCUGUGAAGUCGCCGGUCUCCAACGGCACCUUCGGCUUCGACGGGCACACGAGGAGCGACGGGCACGUGUAUCACACCGUGCACAAGGACUCGGGGCUCUACAAGGACCUGCUGCACAAGAUCCACGUGGACAGGGGCCCCGAGGAGAGGCCGGCCCAGGACAACAGCUACAGGCUUCUGCGCCGCAACAACAGCUACACCUGCUACACGGCGGCCAUCUGCGGGAUGCCCGUGCACGCCACCUUCAGGGCUGCCGACUCAUCCGCGCCCGAGGACAGCGAGAAGCUGGUGGGGGACACGGUGUCCUACUCCAAGAAGAGACUCCGCUAUGACAGCUACUCGAGCUAUUGCAACGCCGUGGCGGAGGCUGAGAUCGAGGCCGAGGAGGGCGGCGUGGAGAUGACGCUGGCGGCGGAGCUGGCGGGGCCCGGCCGGCCGCGCGAGGACCCGGCGGAGGAAGAGAAGGAGGAGAAGGACACGGCCGAGGUCCACCUCCUGUUCCACUUCCUGCAGGUCCUCACCGCCUGCUUCGGAUCCUUUGCGCACGGCGGCAACGACGUGAGUAACGCCAUUGGUCCCCUGGUCGCUCUGUGGCUGAUUUACGAACAAGGUGCAGUGAUGCAGGAAGCAGCUACUCCUGUCUGGCUGCUGUUUUACGGAGGCGUUGGAAUCUGUACGGGUCUCUGGGUUUGGGGGAGAAGAGUGAUCCAGACCAUGGGGAAAGACCUCACCCCAAUCACACCGUCCAGCGGCUUCACGAUCGAGCUGGCCUCGGCCUUCACCGUGGUGAUCGCCUCCAACGUGGGCCUGCCCGUGAGCACCACGCACUGCAAGGUGGGCUCGGUGGUGGCCGUGGGCUGGAUCCGCUCUCGGAAAGCUGUGGACUGGCGCCUCUUCCGGAACAUCUUUGUGGCCUGGUUUGUGACUGUGCCCGUGGCGGGGCUGUUCAGCGCGGCCAUCAUGGCGCUCCUCAUGUAUGGGAUCUUGCCGUAUGUGUGACCUGUCUUCUGGCAGCCGGAAACAGCAAGGUCUGACGUGGGUGUGUGGGAGGUGUGUGCCCUCGUGUGCACGUCCCGGCCACACGUGGCUGUCUUGUGACCAGCUCUCCACAGCCCCUUCAGAGGGUUCCCUGCCACGUCACUCACCCAGGCUGCAGAGAUUGUCCUUCCAGAGCUAACUUAACUGCUGUACAUAAUAAUAUGUAUUACACGGUAUCGUGGUGACAUAAAGUGGUGCAGUUACUUACAUAUUAAAUAUAUAUUGUACACAUAGAAUAGGUAGCACUAUUGCAAACAUACUCAAAAUGGGAGUGAAGAUCAUUGCCUAGAAUUCAAUUUUCCGUAAAUCUUGUACAUAAACAAUUUCAGUGGCAAAUUUUAAGAGCCUUUUAAAAGGAAAGUUCUGAUUGGAAAAUGUUUUUCUUCCAAAUGAUACGUUUCCCUUCUGAUCUACUGUAAGCCAAGUGAGAAACAGACUGAUACCGCCUGGGGGUGUGCGAAGGUCACGGCGCCGGGACAAGGCCACAAGUGCUUUCACUGAAGAAUUUGUUCAUAUGCUGUGUAUUGACUAUUCUGUAAUAUAUCAGCAUUGCUUUUGUAAAUACUUAAAACUGUAAUUUUUUUAAUGAUGUGCUUCUCUUAUACUUUUUUGAUCAGAGAAUUUUGGAAAGUACCAAAGACGCAGGGGAGUAGUUUGCCAGUAUUACGUCUUCGCGUUGUCUGUCUCCCUCCUCACGAUCACUACUGUUCCCCGGGUGCAGCAGGACCACCGGGUGCCUGGCACAGGCCACACUGUGGCCCCCUCCCACCAGCAGCGCCGCUGUCACCACACGGCAAAUCCCACACAGCCCGCGGUGGCCUUCCCUCGUCACCUUCCCUUGUCACCGGCGUGGAGAACGUGCGGCUGGGAGGCUGUGUGAUUGAGCACUCGUAUCAAGUGCAGUUCAGUUUUCACCCCUGUUCUCCCUGCAGCCUGAAGAACGGAGUUCUCAUGUCAAAUGUUAAAGCAGAUGAGGCUUUUCAUGUGCUUUGACAUUGUAGAAAUGUGGGGCAGGGGAAGAGAGUUGAAAUAGCAGCAAAUACACUGGAUUUGAGGAUUUCUCUGAGGCCUUCGCUGAGCUGCACGUCCUGAUGUUCUACUGUAAUCCCAUUGGGUUCUCUUCUUUAUUGAUAGCAGGAGGGAGGAAGUACGACGAAUGUUAGAGCCUGAAACUAUGGAAAUGCUGCUAAAAUUUUUAUAUUGACAAACAUUUUCUUGGUACUUCAUUGUCAUUUUUCAUUAAUCAACCAUAUUAAAUUUAUAAUAAAAAAUGCCCCUCAAAAGUUUGCCUCUGAAGUCUUUUUCUAAAUAUCUAUGUAAUGUUUUCAGAAUUUCCACAAUAAAAACUAUAUAAUUUGGUCACUUGCAUUUUUCAAAUAUCUUUUAUUGGUUUUCCCCCCCUUAUUUUACUACUACUACACAUUUGUGCAGAAAAUACACAUGAGCAGGAAGAGGAAAAAGUGAUCCCCACACCCAGUGUUGCCGCUCACCCGGGUUCACUGCCCGCUGCCCGAGAAGCCGAUACACUGAGACAGCAGGGGUUACAGCAGAGAAAGGGUUAAUAUCGCAGGCGCCAUGCGAGGACAUAAGAGUGAUUUCUCAAAUCCAUCUCCCCGAAAAUUUGGGAGAAAGGGUUUUUAAAGACAGUGUGGUGGACAAAAGGCUAGGCAGUUGGGUCUGCUGAUUGGCUGGGCUCAGGGCGGAACCACAGAGGUGUAGAAAUUGUCUUCUUUGCUGGGUCGGUUCUUGGAUGGGGGUCGCAAUACCAGUUCAGCCAGCUUCUUGGUAUGGGCCCCCAAGGUGGGUCAGCUGUUCACUGGAAUGCGGGGCCAGAAGAUACCUCAGAAACCACCUUGAGGUUUGGAAAGGUGCUGUUGUCUGAGGAGAAAGCUAAGAGUAUUGGUGACCGCCAGCCGUGUGGCUCCAGGCAGCAAUUACAGAGAAGCAAAGGGGGAAGUGGCUGGUCCCACCGGCUAGGCCUGUGCCUUAGUCUUAGGCCCUUCCCACGGCUCUCGCCUCGCACCCCUUGUCCAUUUGGAAAGGGCAGUUUCAACACUCCUCCAUAGGUACAGAUGUGUAAAGUUGAGAGUGGGGAGUAUGUAACGGGGAAGGGCCUGACAGAAGGUCAAAAACAUUUUCUGUCUCUUUAAAACAUCCUCCUUUUUGAAAACUAAAACCUGCAUCCCUGUCUUAGGCCAGCGGUUGGGAGGAGCAGGGAGAAAGCCCUUUGUUCUUAUCCCAGGCCCUGCCAGCCCCCCAGGUGGGCCCAGUGGGGCUUUGUCUUUGGCAGAGAUGGGACAAUUAGAGUAGUUAACCACAACACCUAGAAUUGAGGGCACUCCCUCUAAACGCUCCAUAUUUCUGCUUCUGAGACAAGGUCUACCAUUUUUCCUCCUUUGCCAGCAAAAUAAUAAACUUCUCUCCUCCUCAAACCAUUUGUCCUCAUAUCUUCUAAUGUGGCCUCAAGGACAAGUGCCAAGUUUUUGGUAACACUAACAGUUGAGUACUUUUUUCUGUAAAUGUCCUGUAUAGUGAUGAUAACAUUUACUUUCCUCCAAUAUCACAGUUUUUAUGCAUUCUACAUAUGUAGAAAAAAAUAGUAAAUUUCUGUAGAUGAUGCUGCUUUCCAGCAAACAUAUGAGUUUGUGACAGCCUCGUGGAGAAUUUGCUUGAAGUUUCAGAGAAGAAAAGAAUACAAGCAACCUAAGCUUCUGAAGCUCAUGGGUGUAAACAGAAAACCACAGCCUCAGGCAUCGUGAAGAGCUGCCCACAGCUCAUUCAUUAAUGAACUUUCUUGCUAACCUCCCAUAGCCACAGACAUGCCAAUUGGACCAGUGUCUAGCACCUAAAACUAAAGCCUAUCUGAGUCUCCAUUACUAAUGAGUUAUGAGUUUAUCUUACAGGUAACAAAACUGGAAGCGACAGAAUCAGACAUUCUUCCACCUACCCAGGGACAUCCACAUAACUGAUGAUCCUUCACUCUCUAAUUUUAUGUCAGAUGUAGAUUUCUUGGGCCUCCCGAAAAUGCAGCCACUGCCUCAUCAGCCCCCACCUCCCCUGCCUGUUUCCUUCUCUCUGCCUUUAAAAUGCUAAAGGUCCCAACCUCCCCUUCAGAAAAAAUAGCCACAGCUUCCCUGCGGUUGUUUUCCCCAGACAUGUCCUCAAAAUCUUGGCUCAAUAAACCUCCACUCAUUGA